CCUGUUAAAAUGUCAGAUUAAGAAAUAGCCUGUUUUCAGAUUGCACCAUGGAUGAUCAUCUCUAAGAUUUUCCCUUUUGAAUUUACUGUUUGAUUUCUUCAGUUUUGGGCACAUUUGUCAUGAUUUUAUCACAGCUUUUGCUGGUAAGAGCCUGUAACUGUUUAGUGCAGUUUAUCUUUGACAUUGUUUAGUGUUUUUAGUGACAUACUGUUGGCCAAAACCUAGCAGUACUGUAGCUUGUUAGUAAUACUUUUAUUUGGUUGGCAAGUUUUUUUUUUUUUCUUUCUUUUUUGUGGUGGAAUUGUACAAAGUAACCACCAACAAAAGCCUAGAAAAGGUAAUAUGUCUGAACCUUUUCUGUUUUUGUAUUGGAAAUGGUAAGUAAUGUUGAAAUGUACCCUUGUCUACACCCAAAUCAUGAACUUUGUUUUCUGUAUCUCAAUGUUUUUGUGUGCUUUAUAGCGAAGCAGCCGGCACGAGUCGCUUGUUCAUAAAACAUCUAAUGAAAGUUGAGAGCACAUCCCACGGGACAACUGGCUGUGCUUGCUUACGUUUGGUUCAUGACUUAAAAAACAAGUACAGGAGUCAUUCCUGAUGAAUCUAAAGCUAUGUCGCUGCUGGCUCCAGCCAAUGCCGUGGCAGGAAUGAUGCCUGGGGGAGGCCUUCUUCCAACACCCAAUCCUCUGGCAUCAAUGGGAGGGACACCAUUUGGAGGUCUCGGAGGUCCCAGCAUGGAGCAAAUGGCUGCCAUGGGAAUGCAAGGCCCUAACAUGAACCCCCAGGCUCUUUCUGCAGACUUUCUGAAGCUCAUGCAAUCCAUGGACCCCAAACUUAAUCCAUUAGCGGCCGGACUGAACUUGAAUCCAGGGCUGAAGAACGAUGCGUCCAAUAAGGAGAUAGAAGAGGCCAUGAAGAGAGUCCGAGAGGCCCAGUCUCUCAUCUCUGCAGCCAUUGAACCUGGAAAUAAAAAAGAUGACAAGCGCAAACAUUCCCGUUCACGGUCAAGGCGAAGGCGGUCCAGAUCUCGCUCAAGACACCGACGUUCGAAGAGCAGGUCUCGGCGGAGGUCCCAUUCAAGAAGUAGGAGGAAGUCCAAGAGUCCACGUAGGAGGAGGACCCACUCCCGGGAGAGGAACCGCCACAGCAGAUCUAGGGACCGGAGGAAGGAGGAGAAGGCAAAGAAAAGGUCAAAGACGCCCCCCAAGAGCUACAGCAGUGCCCGGAGGUCUCGAAGCAUUAGUCGGAGGCACAGGCGAAGCCGCAGUGCAUCUCGGUCCCCCAAGAGGAGGUUGUCCAGGUCUCCAUCGCUCAGACGUCACAAGAAAGAGAAAAAGAAGGAGAAGGAGCGUGAGAAGGAACGGGAUAGAGACAGGAGGGAGGACAGAGACCGGAGCAGAGACGAAAGGGAACGCUCGGCCAGUAAGAAGAAGAAGAGCAAAGACAAGGAGCGAGACCGGGAACGCAAGUCUGAUAGUGAGAAAGGAGACGUUAAGGUGACCCGGGAUUACGAUGAAGAGGAGCAAGGUUAUGACAGUGAAAAGGAAAGAGAGGAGGAUGACGAUGAGAGGAAGAGCGACUCUGACUCUGCCUCAUCCCCCAAAGGCCAGGAGGAGAUGGAGAUGGAGAGGUCAGAGGGCCACAUCCCCAAAAAGUCCAAAGUGAAUGGAGACGACCACCAUCAGGAAGACAUGGAGAUGAGUGACUAAGAACCAGGCAGUGUUAACGUUCCACUUUUAUAUUUUUAAUAUAGGCCACGACAUGUCUGUGCCUGAUCACUCGACGUUAAAAAGAACGAUUUGUUGUCUUAACUGUAGAAGCUUUAGCGAAGGAGGGUCUUUAGUAGGAAAGCGGUCAAAUCAUUUUUGUAAAGAUGAGGAAACGAGGACUAAAAUAUGAAUAACGUGAGACAUGGUUUUAAAUAGUCAUUACUGUACUUUUUUAAGAUCCUGUUGACUUUUUGUUUUUAUUGCCUUUUGUGUUUAAACUUUGUCUUCCUGACAGUAGAAUACAAAGUGUUUCCCACUAAAACUCAAUGUAAAUAUUUUACUUGUCGGGAUUGAGUCCUUUCUUUCUGUGACUGUUGAGUCACUUUAACGGCCAACUUCGUGGUCAUUUUUUGUUUGCUGAACAAUUUUGCUUCAACUGUAAUGCACGCAGCCCUGUUUCAGAUGACCUUACUAUUUACAACCCAUGGUAAGUGUACACUGUAGAUUGAAAUGUGUUGUUGCAAUGAAAUACGACAAUAGGUUUUCCAAAGGAAAUUAAUAAAAUUGGGUCAAACUGUCAA